AUGGAGAGCGCCGCGACAGAGCCCUUCGCGGAGUGGUUUACCGGCGAGUUCCUGCCCUUCGGAGACCUCGUGAGUGACGUCUGGCUCUGGUCGACCUUGCCCCGGGAAAAGCCAGAGGACUACAGCUGCUCGGCGGAAACCUACACGGUGAUGCGGGCGCUGCUGAUGGUGGGAACCGUAGUCGAUGCCAUCCCGGACGUCGCGAUACUGCUGGGGCUGCUGGCGGGGCUGGUGGUCGCCGUCGUGGGCAAAGCCCGAGCCGUGAUCACCCCCACGGAACAACGGCGAACACCGCCAAUCAGCGUGAGGAACGUGGUAAAGAACGUUCCGGGCCUGGCAAGGUACGUCUUCUCCGACGGAAAGUCCAUCACCAACUUCCUCAUCAACCGGGUGGGGCACAAGGAGACCACCUGGGACAACACGAUGGAGCUCGUGGCGUGGCACACGCUCGUCUUCUGCCACGCCCCCUUCCUGUCGGUGCAGAGGCGGUGCUUCCGGUACCAGGUCAACUCGCAGUUCAACGGCUACCUGACGAUAAUCCUCGUCCAGCUGAUCGCCGGGGGCCUGACCGAGGCCAGCUCGAUCUUCUUCGCGGUGAUGGGGGGCGGGACCGUGUCGAUCGUCAGCGCGUGGUUUGGGCUGUACUCCCUGGUCAUGACCACGAUGCUGGCCGUGUACCGGGGGAACCUGGUCCGGAAGUUCGGGCCCAACGCCACCGUCACCUCCCCCGCGGCGGCGCGGAACGGCUGCUGGCGCGCGCUGGAAGGGGUCUCCGACGCCCUGUGCGGCCUCAUCCCGGCAGCCGUGUUCGGUCUCGGCGCCUUCAUGGUCAUCAUGGGCAUCACCUUCUUCUCCACGGUUGGGGCGUCCUCCACGGAGGCGUGGAUGCUGGUGGUGCCCGGGUCCGUGGUCGCCCUCUUGGGCUGGGUCUCCAGCCAGCUGCUGAUACGCCAUUACCACAGCACGUCGCAGGAUGGGAUGAUCAUUCGAGAGCAAGAGCCGGGUGUUUAGGCGUCUCGGGGCUGCUGCUGCUGCUGUGUUGUCGUCAUUCGUGUGCCUGUUUUUCUGGUGGUGAAUCGUGUUGGUGAAACGCAUUUAAAUUUUAUUUUUGGAACGUUGGCUGGUCUUAUUCUCCUAGUGGUAACGCAUCAUCAGGUUUGAUCACUACGGAACGCGACACACGACCUUGUUGUAUGUAUUGUUUGAGGAGUGACUAGGCAGCUAUGUUACAAUGCCCUUCGGUGAAGAGGUACCAAGGAUCGAGGUCGCUCGUCGGUGCUUAUCUUCCGUGGGGCUAGGCAGAACUGAAUGUAUAUACCAUCAUGUAGAUAUAUAUAUAUAUGCGUAGACAGAGGGAACAUCUACUGGGCGUUCGCCUCCUGCGGAAAUCCAACACAAGCACGCAAUGAGUCAACAUGUGUAUAAGUUUCGCUAUGUAGACUAGUUGGUCCUGUUGCGCAAUGAUCACUCGGGGGGGGAGCACGAGCAGCUAUUGUUGUCGGGACCCGACGGUAGUGAUUGAGAUCCAUAAGGUCUGGUGUGCUUCGUCGAAGAAUUUCGUGGGGCGGCAUGUGACGCUGUAUUCUCACGCUUUUGAUAAAAGAAAUUCGCAUGGUUUUGAACAGUACGCAGCAUUUUUAACGGUCGGGGACGCAAGAGUUUAUGUAGGGCGUCCAACAUAGCCUCCACCAAAGGUUAACUAUUGAUAAAUUUUCGUCUCGGUAGGUAGGUCUCAUAGGCGUUCGUCGAGUGCGGCCGAUGUUUGUCUCCAAGUCCUCUCGAAGGACUACAAACAAAAGCCCGGAGAACCUUGGUGGCGACCCAGGGUUACGCCUUUUUGAGAGGGAAAACGGCAACUACUCAAUGUCCCGUCUCAUAUCCUUGUGGUAGUGGAGGGUUCUUUGUCGUGAAUGUCACGUUUUUGCGCCACCAGAAGUUGCGUGAAGGUUUGUGAGGGCGAACGCAGAAAAUGGGUGCUCGUCGGGUUGUUUUUUCCAAAUGACAAGCCACGGUUGGUUGCCAAGGAAUCGAUGGGGUGACAACAUGUAUCUCCAUGGUCGGGAUCGUUUGGAUUGAUUGCGUGUUACGUGUCGGAAGGGGAAACAAGCGGAAUGAGUUUUCGAAUGAGGGUGAACUGAGCGUGGAUGGACGCUGACUUGAUGAACAAGAAUAUCGUCACCUCCUC